GGCAAAACCAUCAGCCAAAAUACCAGUACCACCAUUACCACAAAAUACAUCAUUAUUAUUAUCACCAUCGAAACGUUUUGAAAGUCUAAAAAGUGCUUGUUCAGUUGAAAUAUGAAUGAUUCGCGGAAAUCUGAACAAAUCUCAAAUUAGAGCCGAUUUGCACGCCGCUAAUGAAAAAUUAAGCAAUCUAACUGUUGUGUGUAUUGAGUGAUUUGCAUUGUUUUUGAUUUUUGAUUCUCUAAUCAUCUGGAAAUUAUGCAAACUAGAAAAAAUAAGCCGAAACAAUCGCAUCCAAUAAAUAUGAAUUCAUUUCCAACAGUUGUUGACUCUUCACGACAACAACAGCAACAACAACCACAGCAAUGUAAUGUUAUUAGUCAACCGAUUUCAUUAUCAUCAUCAUCAUCAUCGGUAUUAUCAACGGUACCAUCGACAAUUUCAAUUCCAGUCAUGGUUAUGAUGAUGAAUCCGAAUACAAGUCAAAAUACUAUAAUAGCUAAUAAUCCAUUGAAUCGAACAAAUAUCGGUUUACCAUCAACAGGUGUGAACAUGAAUCUUAUGAAAGAAUUGAUUACAAAAUCGAUUGAUGAUAUUAAGAAAAAUGAUGUUAAUUAUACCGGUACACGGUCAUGGACUCGACAAAAAUUUGAUCAAAUUCUAUUGAAUCUACAGACAAGCUUAUUAUCACAAAUUGAAACUAAUCACUCUAGAUUGUUAAUCACUACAAAUACUGGUACUGCUGUUGCUGCUCCUACUACAGUUGAUAAUACAAUGGCUCACUUUUCUCCAAUCAUCAUUUCAUCAUCAUCAUCAUCAUCAUCACCAACAACAACAACAACAACAAAAGCAAAAAACAAUGAAACCGUUAUCAUUGAUAUCCCGGAAGAAAAAUCAACAAUCAAAAUGGAGGAUGGUGGUGAUAAUCUUGGUAUGACUAAAAAGCCAAUGGCUAUAGUGAAUAAUGUUCAACAACAAUCAUCAUCAAAACAAAAACAUUUUCACAAUGUUUUUAGUUUCACCGAGAAAUUGGACGCUAAACCAACGAAGAAAAAACAGCAAGGUCGGCCAAAACGACAAAAACAACCUACAAAAACAACAACAGAGUUGACAAAUGUUGAUUCACAAUUUGCCGAUAUUGAUUCGGAUGAUGAAAUUGAAUUAGUUAUGGAAAUUUCUCAUAGUAGUCAUCAUCAUCAGGAAAAACCAUCAAAGAUUCUCAAACUCGAUAAUUCAAGCGCCGAAAAAGAAACUAAUGAUGAUGGUGAAAUCAAUAUGGAUAAAGAUGGUGAUAAAAGUGUACAUUUAGAAGUUCUGGAAAAAAUGAAUGAAGAAUUCAGACAAGAAGAAGAUUAUAAACCAGUGGUGGCUAUGGAUUGCCAGAAUUUGAAACGAAAUUUUUUCAAAACCAAUCUUCAAAACAUUGACAUUAAUAAUAAUGAUGAUGACCAUCCUAUGGAUUCGUCGAUCGUAUAUACAAGACGUUGUUUACGUGCAAUACGUGGAUUUCAUGAUCUUAAUCCUCGUACACAAAAAACAAUACGUGAAGAUAUUGAUCGUUGUGAACGUUUAAAGAUGAAGAAAAAAUCACUGAAAGAAUUUUUAGCAAAAAUGUCCAUUACUAGUGAUCGUCUCAUUUUAGAUAUUGAUAAACAAAAUGAAAAGAUUUUGAUCGAAGUAGAUGAAGGUUUUGUUCAGAUAUUGAAAUCACAUCAACGUGAUGGUAUUCAAUUUAUGUUUGAUUGUACAAUCGAAAGUGUUGAUCGAUUGAAGAAUCAUUGCCAUCAGACUGGCUGUAUAUUAGCUCAUUCAAUGGGUUUAGGUAAAACAUUACAAGCGGUUGCAUAUCUACAUACAAUUAUGACCAAUCAACAUACAGCAAGAUUUAUACGUAAAGCUUUAAUUAUUGUACCGUAUAAUGUUCAUAAGAAUUGGCAAGAUGAAAUACAAAAAUGGUUGGAUGAAUGUCGACGUUAUUUUAAUAUUGUACGAUAUGAUCUAUCUCGUUCGAAAUCGAUAUCAGAACGUUUAGCAACAAUAAAAGAUUGGCAUCAAACCGGUGGUAUAUUGGUAAUGACCAUCGGUACCUAUACACGUUUAGUAUUAGGACGUAGUUUUCAUGAAGAAGAAUCACCUGAAGGUAUGGCAAUUGUAAAGGAUUGUCUCUUAACACCAGAUGUAUUCAUCAUGGAUGAAGGACAUUUAUUAAAAAAUUCAUCAAGUCAAAUAAAUCGUGCUACAUCACUAAUUGUUACAUCACGACGUAUUAUAUUGACUGGAACGCCUAUGCAAAAUAAUUUAGAAGAAUAUUUCGUUAUGGUAGAUUUUGUAAAACCAAAUCUAUUGGGUACAAUACAUGAAUUUCGUAAUCGUUUCAUAAAUCCAAUAACAAAUGGCCAACAUAUUGAUUCAACAGAUUUUGAUGUUAAUUUCAUGAAAAAACGUGUACAUGUUCUAUUUAAAAUGCUACAACCAUCUAUUCAUCGUUGUGAUUAUCAAGUAUUGGUGCCUGAUCUACCGCCUAAACAAGAAUACAUUGUUUAUCUUCAAUUAACCGAUAUACAAGCAAAACUUUAUCAAUAUUAUCUUGAUAAUAUAACGAAAAAAUCACAACAAAAUUUAUUCAAAGAUUUUUGGGUAUUACUACUAUUGAACAAUCAUCCAGCAUUAUUGAUUGAUAUGUAUGAAAAACAAUAUGAUGUACGGAUGGAUAAUGAUUAUACUAUUGCACAAAAUGAUGAUUAUAAUAAUAAUAAUCGUUCACCUACAAUAAAUGAUCUUUCCAUGACAAAAAGGAAAACAUUUUCACGAAACAAAAACAAUAACAAUAAACAACAACAAUGGUGGACAGCUAUUAUUGAUGAACGAUAUAAUAUACGUUGUAUGGAAUUAUCAUCAAAAUUUAUCAUUAUGUUUGAAAUCAUUGGUGAAUGUCAAAAAUUGAAUGAUAAAUUGGUCAUUUUUUCACAAAGUCUCAUUAAUCUAGAUAUGAUUGAAUUAAUGUUAAGUAAAUGUUCAAAUUGUGAUUGGUCUCGUGAUGUUGAUUAUUUCCGUAUCGAUGGUAAAGUUACCAUGGAAACAAGACAUCGUAUUAUACAAACAUUUAAUGAUGAAUCAAAUAAAAAGGCAAGAUUAUUGUUACUAUCAACACGUUCUGGUGGUAUUGGUAUCAAUCUAGUCGGUGCAAAUCGUUGUAUUAUUUUCGAUUGUUCAUGGAAUCCUGCACUUGAUACACAGGCUAUUUUUCGUAUAUUUCGUUAUGGUCAACGAAAACCGUGUUUUGUUUAUCGUUUAGCUGGAUUUGGAACCAUGGAAAAUCGUAUCUAUCAACGACAAGUAGCUAAACUAUCGACAUCUAAACGUGUUGUAGAUGAAAAACAGAUACGUCGUUAUUUUACAUUAAGACAAUUGGAAGAAUUGUAUACAUUUAUGCGAAAACCAUUAUAUCCACAAACAUUACCAGUUCCACGUGAUGAUCUUCUUGCUAGUUUAAUACGAAAAUAUCCUGGACAUAUAUUACUUUAUUAUGAACAUGAUUCAUUAUUACAGAAUCGUCCAGAAGAAGAACUAAAUGAAACUGAAAAACAACAAGCAUGGAUUGAUUGGGAACAUAAUCGUAAUGGUAAUGCCAAAAGUUUAGAUGAAAUACGAACACCACUUGAUGAUGAUGACGAUGAUGAUGAUUAUAAUGACCAAUUUGAUGAUCCUGAUGAUUAUCGUUCAUUAUUGUAUUGA